AUGCAACUCCCUCCCGAAUUGAUCCUGCUUGUCAUAGAGGCCCUCAUUCCGUUCAAGUCACGCAUCCUGCCUCCUGGCCACAUUGUCACCCGCACUCUCCUCAGCCUCAGCCUCACCUGCAAGCUAACCUAUCCUCUGGCCCGCGAGCUCCUCUUCACUCACUGUCUCUACCUGAACUCUGGCAAGCGAAUUGAAAAUGUCCUCAACCAGAGCCAACUGUACAGGUUCGGCCGCUACGGCCCUGCGGGUGUAGACAAAGGAACGCGGGCGAGGUCCCUAUUCCUCGCCUUCCCCUCACCAGUAACCAUCAGCCUAAACUCAACAGACCGACAAAUCGACAGCCUUUUAUCCCUCUUCAGCACCAACGUCCGCUGCCUCAUUAUUGAUCUGCCACUGCGGCAUCUGAUUUUCAACGAUACCGAAAAUCGUAGGGCUCAGAAUGUCGUGUACGGCGCGAUUUUGCGCCUUGAGGCCGUAGAGGAGUUCUGCUAUUUGCGAGAUGGUCUCGGCACUGCACCUUACAGGCACACCUGGCUUAACCGCUUGGACAUCUCUGCCUGGUCGUUAGGAGUGACGCUUAUGUGGCCGCGGCUCCGUCGUCUGGCCUUGUGCAACCCAGCCUUUGACCACCUGUUGGUGGAGACGCUGCGGCAGAGCUCAAAUCUCACGCAUCUGGCUUUCACUUGUCCUUCCAAGAUGGAGUCUCUGUAUACCGAUCGAGCAGUACAGUCACUAGACUUUGCAAAGACAUUUAGCCAUCUGCAACGUGUGCUCAUCCUUCAAGGCGAUGGUCCUCUAGAAAUUACACAUCCGUGGGACUUUUGGGAGAGCAGGAUGGUUACCCAGCAUGUUGACCGAGGAAACUGGGAGCAGAGCUUUCUGGGAAAACUGAUGGUUACCAUGCAAACUGCCGCUCGGUCCACAUCAGUCCUUCAGUUUCAGCCGGAGCUGGUGUAUAUCAAUGAGCCAAAAACAGGGCCAUUUGAUGCAGAGGAUUACGCGACAUUUCAGGAAUGGACGGGUGCGCGGGCUUUGGAUGGGACGUUGUGGGACUAUCCGGGGUUGAUCUAUGAUGCGAAUGUUCACGGGCGCAUUGCAGCGGCUCUAUUUGCCGAUGCUCAGGAUGAAAACAGUCGUUCCGCAUUCGCCGGACUCACCGUACCAGGCAUAUAUGCCCUCUUCAAAGGUCAUAUUGCUAUGUGCGGUGCAAACCCAAUCGGUAACCUCACGCAGCUCACAAAAACACGUACAUAUACUCAGUCAUGCCGAUGUAUCAGUCUCAGCAGGAACCGUUUGGAGGGCGACAGCAAGAUCCUGCCAAACCAAAGAGAGUUUUGGCUGUGGCGCACGCAUCAAGUGCGUUUCCGCGAUGGUGGCAUCUCGCGGAAGCUGCUCGAGUUCGGUUACAACAUCGGUCCCUAA